CGGCAGCGCGGCUCGGGCGGGCGGCGGGACAUCGCCGUCCUCUCACGGCGCCGUGUGUUCUCUCCGCAGGGAGCUCGGCUCGCCCUUGCGCCGCUCGGCAGGCCCGGAGGUGCCCGGGGCCGCAGGGUUUCCUCAGUAGGAGAACAGAAAAGAUGUUCGAUAUUAAGGCUUGGGCCGAGUACAUUGUGGAGUGGGCUGCCAAGGACCCCUACGGCUUUCUCACCACUGUGAUCUUGGCUCUGACGCCACUGUUUGUCAUCAGCGCGGCGCUGUCAUGGAAGCUUGCAAAGAUGAUUGAGGCCCGGGAACGAGAGCUGAAGAAGAAACAGAAACGCCAGGAGAACAUUGCAAAGGCCAAACGAACAAAGAAGGAUUAAAUGGGCAAAAAUGGCCUUCCUUGUGCAAAUAAUCCACUUUUAAAAUGAAAUACUUGUACAUAUUGUGUUGCAACUGUCCUUUGAUACUUGAUCCUGUUAUUUCUUGAAGUAUGAAAUUUAAUACUUCCAGUGUAAUUUUUUCCUGCUGAUUUGUGUUAAAAUUUGGCCAAGUGACACUUGUUAGAGUAAUUAAAUUUACUACU